AUGGUAGCCCUAGCUGGAAAGCCAUCUUUCGUCCGACUAGAUGCCGCCAAAGUCUCUACAACUCCUGCACAAGUCAUUGAGGUCCUUGAACGCGAAGGAGGUGUAAUCAUCGAAAAUCUCAUCUCUCAAGAGCUGGCGCAACAGAUCAAGACCGACUUAAAGCCUCACUUUGAUGGUGAUACCCCAGAUAAAUAUGGCUUUUUUCCCGAGACCACUCAGCGAGCAAGCGGCUUGCUAGGUAUCUCCGACGCAUGUGUUGAGCUCGCAUUGGGAUUUCGGGUUAAUCCCGGAGGUCGACAACAGGUCCUGCACCGCGACGAUAAUGACUAUCAUCCCAGCGACAAGAAGUUGCCUGUGAUGAUUGGUUGUGUGACUGCAUUGACUAAGACGACAAAAGAGAAUGGUGCCACUAUUGCCAUCCCCAGAUCGCAUUUAUGGGACCCCGAGCGACGACCUCUAGAUGAAGAAGCUAUUCCGGCAGAGCUUGAGCCGGGCGAUGCAUUGAUCUUCUUGGGCAACACCUAUCAUGCUGGAGGUGCUAAUAUCACCGAGAACGACUAUCGAGAAACGGUCGGCAUAUUCCUCUGCCAGCCCACUUUACGUCCUGCCGAGAACCAAUUUUUGAUGAUACCACUUGAGAGGGUCAGGCAGCUAAAGCCUCAAGCCCAGAGGCUUCUGGGGUACGGACUGUGUGAGCCUGGCGUCGGGUUUAUGAACUAUUCGGAUCCCAUGAGGGUCCUAUUCGGUGUGGAGGACGAAGAGACCGUCAAUAUGUGA